GCACUCGACGAACGACCUGCACACCGUCGCCCAAUUCGUCCUCGCAUGCACCUACUGCGGCGUAUCCCCCAUCGUGCGCGCGCCCAACAAAUCACCAGAAAACCUCGCGCGCAUCCUGGAUGCCGGCGCUGCUGCCGUCGUCAUCCCGCACGUGGAUUCCCUCGGCGGAAAUCAAGGCGCUUGUGCGCGCAGCCAAGUAUGCGCCGCUGGGCGACAGAGGGUGCACGAAUAACCAGCCGAUUCUCAACUUCCAGAAGGUGCCGACGUUCAAGCAGAAUGAGUUGCUGAAUCGCGAGACCAUGCUGAUUCCCAUGAUCGAAACGCCCGCCGCGGUUGAGCUGGUCGACGAGUACCUUGCCGUCGACGGCGUGGAUGGCAUACUCAUCGGUUCAAAUGACUUGUGCACAGAUAUGAGGAUUCCAGGACAGUAUGACAGUCCGGUGUAUCAGGAUGCGGUUGUGAAGAUUAUUGCGGCGGGCAAGAAGGCGGGGAAACCGAUUGGCAUUGGGGGGAUUGGGCCGCGGUUGGAUCUGCUGGAGAAGUUCUUUACGAUGGGCGCGUCAUGGUCGUUGAGUGGGGCGGAUAUGGCCAUGUUGCAGGCGGGGAUGCAGAAGUUGGGGAGUACGUAUGAGGAGUUGAAUGGGAGGGUGAAGGAGGCGAGGGAGAAGAUGUAGAUACCAUUUUUAUUUUUAGAUCGUUUUCCAAAUAUCCAUCAACUAGUUUUGCAAGCUUUCAAC